CCCCACGACCCCAUCAUCCGUCACACUCUACCACACAGCAGAUAUUAUUCUACACGGUCACUCCCUCCUAGCAUUGCUGUUGGAUUAUCUGUCUGGCUUACUGUGUGAUUGAAACUAUCUCUGCACUGUUUAACAUCCAAUGGGUCAUCACACCCUCAACAGCAGUAAAACAAAUGCAACGAAAGAAGAUCCACAGACAACAGAAGUAGACAACGAAGAAGAACAAGCCCAAUGGCCGUUGACCUACCAACUUCGUCUCCCGCAAGGCACCACAGAAACCAAAUAUUGGAGCCAUACCCUCUACCGCCAUGCCGCCAACAACAAACCCGUACAAGUCCUGUACAGCAAGACGUUCGCCGAGUCGGAACUGCUAGCCCGGAAAUUCCUCAACGAGCCGAUCGUGGGGUUCGACAUGGAGUGGCCGGCGAACGCAAACAAAAGCAAGCGGUUGCAGGAGAACAUUGGGUUGAUCCAGGUUGCGUGCGAGGAUAAGAUUGGGCUGUUUCAUCUGGGAUUGCAUGAGGGGGAGACGGUGGAGGAGAUUGUUGCGCCGAGUUUGAGGAGGAUUGUUGAGAGUGAGCGGAUUGUUAAGGCGGGCGUUGCUGUCUACAGUGCGGAUUUCGCAAGGUUGAAGAAGUACUAUCAUCUCAAGCCGCAAGGAGCGUUUGAGCUGGGUCAUCUGCAUCGGUUGGUGGUAGAUGGAGGCAGGGAGGCGGACCAUUUUCCGACCAAGAACGUGUCGUUGUCGGAUCUUGUGCGGAUGCAUCUGGGGUUUCCGUUGUGGAAGGGGUGGGAGGUGCGAACGACUGAUUGGAGUGAGGAGUUGGACUGGAAGCAGAGGCGCUAUGCGGCGGCGGAUGCGUAUGCGGGGUAUAUGCUGUAUAAGUGUAUGGACGCGAAGAGGGCCAAGAUGGAUCCGGUGCCGCCUUUGCCGGUGCUGGCAGAGGAAUACGCUGCUCUUGGGUUGGGGAAAGGCGAUAAGAAGAGCAGAGAACCCGCGACGGAGAAGAGAAAGGCUACAAAGGCGCGCACUUCUGCGAGUGCAGUUGCGAUGGAUUCCACGUCGAGGACAUUGUUCAACCGGCUGAAGCACCGCCGCAACGAGAUUGCGGGUGCUGAGAAGAAGGCGUCAUGGCUGGUUGCCCAGAACUGCGUCCUGGAACGGCUGACGAUUCAGAAACCGCUGGAUGAGGCUUCAUUGAUGCGGAUCCACGGGAUCGGUCAGAAGAAGCUGGAGCAGUAUGGAGCAAUCUGGCUCUCUGAGAUACGCACGUUCGUGGGACUCAAGGAGUUGUCAGCAUCAGAAGGAGAUGGCAAUUCCGGAUCACAGUCAGAACCAGGCACAGUUCCCGAAGCAGUCGAGCAACCCACAACGCCUAGACGGCCUAGCAGACGACGCAGGACAGCAGCAGAAGACGAAGAGCUUGAGCGAGAUGCGCCGGACUCGUCACCUGCCUUUGGCAGCCCCCUACGGCGUCCUCCAUCGCUCCAUACGGGGCUGUCGUUCGGCUUGGAAAGUACACAGUUGGAUUCCGACGAUCUUGCGAAAGAAGAUGACAGGAGCUCAUGGGAAGAGGGGGACUCUGGCGUCUUCAUAUCACCGUGCUCCAAGCCGGCCUCGAGCGCAAAGCGGAAGCGAAAACGGCCGGAAAGUCCACAUCCUACGGCAGCUUCCUCGCUCGCGGCAGAGACUGGGAGCGCCGCACCACUCAGUCCCAGGUCCAGGAUCGUGCGGAACAAGCUGACUUCCUAUAGCAAGAUGAUCGCGUCGAUGCUGCAGCCACGGCCUCAGGAAGAGCUGGUGUCGGCACAGACAUUGGAGCUGAUCGCUAGGCGCCGCCCGCAGACGAUGCAAGAGCUGGAAUGUAUUCCAGGGAUUGAGAGACUGGCCGAGGGAUGUAGACGGGUUGGGAAGGACCUGUUGGCUGCGAUUGUGAAGCACUCGGGUGCCGGAUAGGUUAAUGUGGGCUUCCCUUCUUUGGAUGAUGAGAGAGUUGCAUGUAGGAAGAGCGGUCGAGAUGAGCUAUUGGAUGGACUCGAGACGAUGAUACCCAGAUGAUUGGAUUGGAGGAUGAGACGGACCGGAGGGCUGGAUGACGUGCUACGAAGAGACGACUUCGACGACCUCAGUUGGAGAUGUGAUACCCUGCACGGCACACGUGUUACUAUUCAAUGGAUAGCUAGACCCAAGUGUAACUAUACCCAUCUUAUUUUGG